UUGCCUUUCUUUUCCGCAAGUCACGACUUUAUCCCUUUACCGCCUUGGCAUCUGGAACAACGGCUCUUUCCAUUCGUCUCAACGUCAUUCGCAGGCCCUUCCAUUGCUAUGUCGACGGUAGGAAUGGUCAGGGCGGGGAAUCGAUAGGUUCUGGGGAGGGAGCAUGAGGGGAGACGACAGAUAUGAAGGCAGAUUUUGUGUUUUUGGUAGCGGAUGGCUUUGGGGGGUUUUGCGCGUGCGCAGGCUGUAUUUUCUCUUAUCCAUCCCAUGCUGUGUCUUUGCACUUUUGCGAAAUUCAAGUAUUGGGAGGCAUUCGUCGGUUCUUGUUCUUUUCAGCCCGCCAACCAGCCAUUCGCUGGGAAUCACAUUAUCUGCGCACCCCGUUUUCCUCUGGCAAUUCGCGAUCCUGGUCCUCUGUUCCCCGUAACAUCUUGACUCCUUGAGAGCUAUGGGGGAGAGUUGCGCUAAGCGUCAAUAUCUUAC